AUGGCCCUGCCAUCACUCCUGCUGGCGGCGGUGGCAGCCCUGGCAGGUGGGGUGCGCCCUCCUCCCCUGGCCCGGAACCUGACGCUGGCGGUGGUGCUGCCCGAGCACAACCUGAGCUACGCCUGGGCCUGGCCGCGCGUGGGCCCCGCCGUGGCCCUGGCCGUGGAGGCGCUGGGCCGGGCGCUGCCCGUGGACCUGCGCUUCGUGAGCUCCGAGCUGGACGGCGCGUGCUCCGAGUACCUGGCGCCGCUGCGCGCCGUGGACCUCAAGCUGUACCACGACCCCGACCUGCUGCUGGGCCCCGGGUGCGUGUACCCCGCCGCCUCGGUGGCGCGCUUCGCCUCGCACUGGCGGCUGCCGCUGCUGACGGCGGGCGCCGUGGCCUCGGGCUUCGCGGCCAAGAGCGAGCACUACCGCACGCUGGUGCGCACCGGGCCCUCGGCGCCCAAGCUGGGCGAGUUCGUGGUGGCGCUGCACGGCCACUUCAACUGGACCGCGCGCGCCGCCCUGCUCUACCUGGACGCGCGCAUGGACGACCGGCCGCACUACUUCACCGUGGAGGGCGUCUUCGAGGCCCUGCAGGGUAGCAACCUCAGCGUCCAGCACCACGUGUACGCCCGCGAGCCCGGGGGCCCGGAGCAGGCCACCCACUUCAUCCGGGCCAACGGGCGCAUUGUGUACAUCUGCGGCCCUCUGGAGAUGCUGCAUGAGAUCCUGCUCCAGGCCCAGAGGGAGAACCUGACCAAUGGGGACUAUGUCUUCUUCUACCUGGAUGUCUUUGGGGAGAGCCUCCGUGCCGGCCGGCCUUGGCAGGACAAUCGCACGUGGGAACAGGCCCAGGCCCUCCGAGAGGCCUUCCAGACGGUAUUGGUCAUCACAUACCGAGAACCCCCAAAUCCCGAGUAUCAGGAGUUCCAGAAUCGUCUGCUGAUACGAGCCCGGGAAGACUUUGGCGUGGAGCUGGCCCCCUCCCUGAUGAACCUCAUCGCCGGCUGCUUCUACGACGGGAUCCUGCUGUACGCCGAAGUCCUGAGGGAGACGAUACAGGAAGGAGGCACCCGGGAAGAUGGACUUCGAAUUGUGGAAAAAAUCCGGGGACGGAGAUACCAGGGUGUCACCGGACUGGUGGUCAUGGACAAGAACAAUGACCGGGAGACUGACUUUGUGCUGUGGGCCAUGGGAGACCUGGAUUCCGGGGACUUUCAGCCUGCAGCCCACUACUCAGGAGCCGAGAAGCAGAUCUGGUGGACAGGAUGGCCGAUCCCCUGGGUGAAAGGGGCGCCGCCCUUGGACAACCCCCCCUGUGCCUUUGACUUGGACGACCCGUCCUGUGAUAAAACUCCACUUUCAACUCUGGCAAUCGUGGCGCUGGGCACAGGCAUCACCUUCAUCGUGUUUGGUGUUUCCAGCUUUCUCAUCUUCCGAAAGCUGAUGCUGGAGAAGGAGCUUGCUAGCAUGUUGUGGCGCAUUCGCUGGGAAGAGCUGCAGUUUGGCAAUUCAGAGCGAUACCACAAAGGGGCAGGCAGCCGCCUCACGCUGUCACUGCGGGGAUCCAGUUACGGCUCGCUUAUGACAGCCCAUGGGAAAUACCAGAUCUUUGCCAACACCGGUCACUUCAAGGGAAAUGUUGUUGCCAUCAAACACGUGAAUAAGAAGCGCAUCGAGCUGACCCGGCAGGUUCUGUUUGAACUCAAACACAUGAGAGAUGUUCAGUUCAACCAUCUCACUCGCUUCAUUGGUGCUUGCAUAGACCCUCCCAACAUCUGCAUCGUCACUGAGUACUGCACCCGUGGGAGCUUACAGGAUAUUCUGGAAAAUGACAGCAUCAACUUGGACUGGAUGUUUCGUUAUUCACUCAUUAAUGACCUUGUUAAGGGCAUGGCCUUUCUGCAUAACAGCAUUAUUGCAUUCCAUGGGAGUCUCAAGUCCUCCAACUGUGUGGUGGAUAGUCGUUUCGUGCUCAAAAUCACAGACUAUGGCCUGGCCAGCUUCCGAUCAACUGCUGAACCUGAUGACAGCCAUGCCCUCUAUGCCAAGAAGCUGUGGACUGCCCCAGAGCUACUCAGUGGGAACCCCUUGCCAACCACAGGCAUGCAGAAGGCUGAUGUCUAUAGCUUUGGGAUCAUAUUACAGGAGAUAGCACUUCGCAGUGGUCCAUUCUACUUGGAGAGCCUGGACCUCAGCCCCAAAGAAAUUGUUCAGAAGGUCAGAAAUGGUCAGCGGCCAUAUUUUCGGCCUAGCAUUGACCGGACCCAACUGAAUGAGGAACUAGUUUUGCUGAUGGAGCGAUGUUGGGCCCAGGACCCAGCUGAGAGGCCAGACUUUGGACAGAUUAAGUGCUUCAUUCGCCGCUUUAACAAGGAGGGUGGCACCAGCAUACUGGACAACCUCCUGCUGCGCAUGGAGCAGUAUGCCAAUAACUUGGAGAAGCUGGUGGAGGAACGCACACAGGCCUAUCUGGAGGAGAAACGCAAGGCUGAGGCUCUGCUCUACCAAAUUCUACCCCAUUCAGUGGCAGAGCAGUUAAAACGGGGAGAGACUGUACAGGCUGAGGCCUUUGACAGUGUUACCAUCUACUUCAGCGACAUCGUUGGCUUCACAGCUUUGUCAGCAGAGAGCACCCCGAUGCAGGUGGUGACACUUCUUAACGACCUGUAUACCUGCUUUGAUGCCAUAAUCGACAACUUUGAUGUCUACAAGGUAGAGACGAUUGGAGAUGCCUACAUGGUGGUGUCUGGUCUCCCGGGCCGAAAUGGUCAACGCCAUGCCCCAGAGAUUGCUCGUAUGGCCCUGGCAUUACUGGAAGCUGUUUCUUCCUUCCGCAUUCGCCACCGACCCCAUGACCAGCUGAGGCUACGCAUAGGGGUCCACACAGGGCCCGUCUGUGCUGGGGUCGUUGGCCUGAAGAUGCCCCGCUAUUGUCUUUUUGGAGACACGGUGAACACUGCUUCCCGAAUGGAGUCGAACGGUCAAGCGCUGAAGAUCCAUGUCUCCUCUACCACCAAGGAUGCCCUGGAUGAGCUAGGAUGCUUCCAGCUACAGCUGCGGGGGGAUGUGGAGAUGAAGGGAAAAGGAAAGAUGCGAACGUACUGGCUCCUAGGAGAGCGGAAAGGACCCGCUGGACUUCUGUAA